GGUCAUUCUAAUACCUAACCCCCUCCCCAUCCCAACCAUCCUUUCAUCUUCAACUCACCACCCUUCUACCUCACCUCCUCACUGCCAACCAAACCAACGCAACAAUGCCACCAACUUUCACAACCACCCUAAUCCCACCCCCAGGAAAAUCCACCCCCCUCACCCUCCCCACCACCACAACCACUACCACCACAGCAACCACCACCCCCCUUACCGACGCCCUCACCAUCCGCUCCCUCGUCUUCAUCACCGAACAACACUGCACCCCCGAAAGCGAAAUCGACAAUGACGAUCCCCGCAGCUGGCAAUGGGUUAUUUACCACCACCCACACCCCCAAUCCCCCUCCUCAACAGAAUCCAAAACCCCCAUAGGCGUAAUCCGCCUCGUCCCGCCCCCUCACCCACCACACGAGAUCCUCACACAUCCCGAACGAGCGCCAGAGUUGCCGGAGUGGGAUACCGCCCACGAACCGUACGUGAAACUCACCCGGGUGGCGGUGGUGAAGGAGUGGAGGGGAUAUGGGCUGGCGAGGAGAUUAGUGGAGGAGGCGUUGGAGUGGGCGAGGGGUCAUGUGGGGGAGAUUGAGCGGGCGGGGGAGGGGGUGCUGGGGACGGGGGAGAGGAAGGAGUGGAAGGGGUUAGUGUUGGUGCAUGCGCAGACGCAGGUCGAGGGGAUGUAUACCCGGAUGGGGUUUGAGACGGAUGAGGGACUGGGGAGGUGGGAUGAGGAGGGGAUUGAGCAUGUGGGGAUGUGGAGGAGGGUUGGGUUGGUUUAG